GGGGAGGCGAGCCGAGGCGGAAGUCGAGGGGCCCCCCGGGUGGAAGUGACGCUGCCCCCGCUGCCCAAAAUGUCGGCGCCCAGACCGAGGUAGAGAGUCCCCAUCUGCCGCUGUACUGUGUGCCACCAUGGAUGACACCCCGCUGACAGUGCCCCCCGUCCCCAUCCCCGCUCCAGCCUCUGCUCCGGCACCAGCACCACCUGCCGCUACUCCCCGGGUCCCAUUUCACUGCAGCGAAUGUGGCAAGAGCUUCCGAUACCGCUCAGACCUGCGGCGCCACUUUGCCCGGCACACAGCGCUCAAGCCCCACGCAUGUCCACGCUGCGGCAAGGGCUUCAAGCACAGCUUCAACCUGGCCAACCACCUGCGCUCGCACACUGGUGAGCGGCCCUACCGAUGCUCUGCCUGCCCCAAGGGGUUCCGUGACUCCACCGGCCUGCUGCACCACCAG